AUGAGCAUCAAGGUAUUUGCAACUUGGGUGGUUCUUGUUACAAGUACACGUAUCUCACCUUCCACUCAGAGUUGUAUAACUCAGUGGUUUGACCAUGAUGACCCUAAUGAUGGAAAUGGAGACAGUGAGCUCUUGGCUGACCUGUGUACUGUAUAUCCUGAACAAAUAUGUCCAAAUCCAAUCGAUAUAUAUGUAGGGUCCGUCUCUGGCAUACCAUCAUCUCAAACCUUUCAAGUAUAUGAUCCAGCAAUUGGGUUUGAGUGCAUAAAUUCAUAUCAAGUAGGAGGGUUAUGUGACGAUUAUAAGGUGCGCUUCAACUGCCCAGAUGAAUGGUGUUCAAAAUGUAGGACACCCUGGUUUGACCGAGAUGACCCCAAUGGACUAGGAGACAAUGAGACGCUGUCGUUGACCCUGAUAAGAUACCCACUACAGGUCUGCACUCAGCCCAUCGCCAUUGAGGUCACAACCGUUAGUGGGAGCCCUGUACUGCCUACUGGAAACAAUUUUGUAGUAUAUGACCCGUUAAAGGGCUUUGAGUGUGUGAAUGGGGCCUGUCAAGACUACAGGGUCCGCUUCACAUGUCCAUUGAGUUUCUGCAACACAACGUGUGUAACCAGAUGGUUUGAUUCUGACAACCCUGAAACAAAUGGAGGCGAUUCUGAACUCUUGACUUUCCUGCUCAAUAAGUACCCUGGAGAAAUAUGUCCGAAUCCACUUGGAAUAGAAGCUCAGACCGUCUCUAACCAGCCAGCGUAUCAAACUGGAAACAUCUUUCAAAUAUAUAAUCCAACAACUGGGUUUUCUUGCUUAAAUGCAAAUCAAGGAGGAGGGGUUUGUGCUGAUUACAAGGUGCGCUUUACCUGCCCAGAGGAUUGGUGUUCAAAAUGUAGGACACCCUGGUUUGACCGAGAUGACCCCAGUGGACUAGGAGACAAUGAGACGCUGUCGUUACUCCUGAUAAGAUACCCACUACAGGUCUGCACUCAGCCCAUCGCCAUUGAGGUCACAACCAUUAGUGGGACUCCUGUACUGCCACCUGGAAACAUUUUUGUAGUAUAUGACCCGUUAAAGGGUGUUGAGUGUGUGAAUGGGGCCUGUCAAGACUACAGGGUCCGCUUCACAUGUCCAUUGAGUUUCUGCAACACAACAUGUGUAACCAGGUGGUUUGAUUCUGACGACCCUGAAACAAAUGGAAGAGAUUCUGAACUCUUGUCUGGCCUUUUCAGUAAGUACCCUGGUUACAUUUGUCCAAAUCCAAUCGGAAUAGAAGUUCAGACCAUCUCUGGCCAGCCAGCGUAUCAAACUGGAAACAUAUUUCAAGUGUAUAAUCCAGUCUUUGGGUUUGCUUGUGUAAAUGCAGGCCAAACAGGAGGAGGGCUUUGUGCUGAUUAUAAAGUGCGAUUCUCCUGCCCAGAGAAAUUUUGCACAAGUUGUAGGACAUCUUGGUUUGACAGAGAUGACCCUGAUGAUCCAGGAGAUAGUGAGAUCCUGACAGAUAUUCAGAUAAUAAUCCCACCAAAGGUCUGCAGUCUGCCCAUUGCUAUUGAGGUCACAACCAUUAGUGGGAGCCCUGCACUGCUGACUGGAAACCUUUUUCAACUAUUUGAUCCACUUCUGGGCUUCAAAUGCGUGAAUGAACAGCAGGGUGGAGGGGUCUGUCAGGACUACAAGGUCUGCUACACAUGUCCGAAAAGUUUCUGCAAGAUCCAAGUUCUUUCAAACCUCACAAUUGAGGCCGCAAACAUUCUAGACAAAUAUUAA